UUGUGACAUUUAUGCACGCCAGGCUACAGGGGAGUCUGACUAAUCUUCAGAGAAAUGGUGAUACGUUGGUGUAUAUGUGAAGGUAGCGAAACUAAAUUUCCACUCCUAAUCGCAGAUUAUGGGUGCUGAUAGGAAAACUCCCUGACUUCAAAAUCUGGAAGUUAAAGCAAAAUUUGUUCAUUCGUCGGAGCGCUCCCGUGGAUAGCAGCGUAUAUGACUGCUUCAAGUACUGAAUCAGCUGGCAGGUUGAUAUUGGUUCCAUCCUGCAGCUCAUGUCAACUGCAUUUAAAGUCCUUGCAAAAUUGCUACAAACCUCAAGCUCAUGGCUUUUCGAGUCAGAAAAUCUCAUUCACUGCUCCUUGGUUUAGUAGGCAUUGUCCUAAUAAUGUAUUCAGCUUAUUAUUCGAAUUCAGGAUACCUAUUUGUCGAAAAUGGGCCAAGAAACAGAAAGGCAGCUAAUAUCACAGCACCAGAUGGCUCUGUUAUUGUAGAGGUAGAUGCAUCGAAAAACAAUAUUGCUGCUCUUAAAGUUUCAAAAAAUGCUAUUUCUACUGCUGCUUCACGAGUAGUUUCUGUACCUGUGGGUGAAAACUCAACACACAACACAACACUUCGUGAAGCUGCUAAACAGCCAAAGCCAGUUGCAAAUACAGCUGCAGCUGAGAAGAGUGCACCAAAUGUUAAAGCAGCAACAAAACCAAAUAAUAGUGAUCCUGCUGACAAAGCUGUUGUGACAAAUACCAUAUUUGAUGCAGGUUAUUUCAUAACCAAUGAAAAUUUGUGUAUAGAUGAUGGGCAAAAUUUGCAAAUUUUAAUAAUUAUUACAUCAGCCCCAGCCCAUUUUGAAGCACGCAUGGCCAUUAGACAAACGUGGGGAAGCUUCAAGCAACGAAAAGAUGUUGCCAUGUCAUUUCUCAUUGGAUCUGUGCAAGAUAACAAAACUAAUCAGACUCUAGCCACUGAAUCAGAUAUGUAUGGAGAUAUCAUAAUGGCACAAUUUUUUGAUACCUACAAUAAUUUAACUUUAAAAACACUUUCUAUGUUGGAAUGGGUUGAUAGCUAUUGCAGUAAAAUAAAGUUUGUGCUGAAGACUGAUGAUGACAUGUUUAUAAAUAUUCCAAGACUACUUAGUUUUGUUAGCAAGCAUUCAAAAGACAAGAGAACAAUUUUUGGAAGACUAGCAAAAAGGUGGAAACCCAUACGGAACAAGAAAUCUAAAUAUUAUGUCUCUCCAAACCAGUAUCGACCUUCUGUGUUCCCUGAUUUCACUACUGGCCCAGCUUAUUUAGUAACGGGAGAUGUGGUGCAUGACUUGUAUGCAACAGCACUUAACAAAACAUAUUUAAAACUUGAAGAUGUGUUUGUGACAGGAAUAGUGGCACAGGAUAGGAAAGUGAAAAGAACUCAUGCAAAUGAAUUCAUGAAUAAACGAAUAACAUUCAAUCCUUGUGCUGUACAAAAAGUUAUCAGCAUACACAUGGUUAAGUUUCACGAACAGUUUGAUCUGUGGAAAAAACUUUUAGAUGGAAGGUCAAAAUGCACGUAGUGUACUUGUUGUAAAUGUGACUUGUCAUAUAAUGGCAAAUUCUUUAUAAAGUGCUGUUCAUUAUGUAUUGCUAUUUAUUGUAUAUGUUUCCCAUUUCAUUAGUUUUGGUUCAGGUUGCAAUGUCUUUAAUAGAUAGUUGUUACCUGUACACUGUUGUGUAUAGAUAUGAAGACUGAAUGUUUGAAACCCAACUAUUUAAAUUUUGUUGAAUAUGACAUCAUGUAAUAUUUAUUUUGUGUAAUAUGUGUUCAUUUGUGCAUUUUACAGUUGGGUUUCUCCUUUUGUCUUGUUUACAAGCAUUUAUUUUUUUUAAUGUAUGCCAUUUAAUUUAAAUCUGUACCAUUAUUUUUAUAAGUUCACUCAGCUUCUCAAAUAAGACUUUAUACUGUCAUAUACUAAUUGCCAGGUAGCUACUUUUACCAGGAUUUUUCUAUACCUGUAGGUGCUCUAUAUUUCUUUUGUGUCUUGUAUUUCAAUUUCCAGUAUUACAGCAAGAAUACAUAAAUUGUUUUUAUACUAAAGCACUUUUUUUGCCACCGAUCUCAGUUGUAGCAGUAUUAUAGACCAUUUUCCUGUUGUAAAUAUAUAAAACCUUUGUGAGAAGUAGCACAACAAAUCUCUUGCCUGUUGUGUGCACUAAAACACUGAUUGCCAGUCACCAGUUUUUUACAGUACUGGUGAUGAUUAAAAACAAAUUCCUUUGCUAUUCCAUCCAUAUUCAGAAAGAAGAAACAAAGAAGAAGAAAAAAAUUGUAAUUAUAAUAUUUAUGCUUUAUAUAUCUUUCAUAAUGUCGCUGUUAGCAUUCUGGUUAUCACUUGUUCCUCUCCCUCCCCCUCUUUCCACCUGCUGCCCACACCCAUAUACCCUCACUACUGUAAAAUGAGUGAAGAUUGUAACAGACAAAAUGACUUCUUGCAGCUGGAGUGUGUAAUACUAUCUUCAUUAAUGAUGUGUGCUAGAGGAAAGUUGUUGCCCGUGGAAUAUAGAGGAUGUUUUAUCAGUACUGUGCACAGAAGUUUUAGGCAUAUUAUGAUUAUAUUUAGGAAAUACUCUGUUCAUUUAAAAUCUUGCUGUUCAAAACUUUGCUACAAUUUCCUGUACCUGUUUAGUUCCAGUCGAAUGACAUAUUGUUUGGAUAAAAACUUUUAAUUAUUUGAAUUGUCCACAUAGUUUGUGCACUGGGAUUAUUUUGGUCAUUGAGGGAAAGAAGAUAUGGGGAAUCAUAGCUUAAGAAUUGAAAACAAAGAAUUGUAAAAUUUCUUUAAAAGCGAUAGUAAUAAACUACAUUUUUUUUUACUGUGAAUUUGAUGUAUAAGUAGCAGAAUAUUUGGAAAUUGGUUUUGUUUUUGUGUAGUCUCCCUGCACAGCCUUACUUUCUCUUCUUCCUCUCUUCUUUCCUGUUCCUCUUUGAGUUGUCUCCUCUAUUCUUCCAUAAACAUUUCCUUCAUUUUCAUUUCAAAUUUUCCAUGUUCUUUUGAAGGAAUUUCAGUAUUUCAACAGAACUCUGUUGUUUCUUGUGCUUCAUGGUGUGGAUCAUUGAUUCAAACAGCUUUUUCACAAUGACAACAGGAGUCUGUCUUCAAACUUUACUGCUUCUGCAGCUCUAAUGUUUGGUUUUUACAGCUACUAAUACACAACAAGGUUAGCUGUCCACCACACUCAAAGGCCUUGUCACAGUCCAUAAAUGAUCCUUUUAUAUUCACUACUGAAGUAUCCUACCUGAAUGUUUAUCCAUUUGUAUACAUUUACAGAAUAAAAUUUAAUGAAUUCUUUCUUGCAUACUCCUUUCCUCACCAGUGAGACAUUUACAGCAAAGGGUAAAUCUACAGAAAAAAUUAAACACAUAAUUAACCAAACUAUUUGAUGAUAUACUUUCAUUUGUGCCUGAAUUGUCAUCUCAUCUAAACAUUCUUGUUGACUUGUUUCAUUGCUUUUUCCAUGAAUGCUUACUUAAUAAAUGGUAUCCAUUUGUUCAACAAUUUAGUGCAGUGACAUUUCUAGUUUCCAGACUUAGGAUUAAUGCUGCCACCAUUUUGUUUGUUUGCUUUAGAUUUGAAGUAAGCUAGUAAAGUGUACAGUGCACUAUAAUUUUUCUUAGAACUGGUAAGACACUGGAUUGUAGUGCAAGCUUCAGUGUAGUUUAUUCACAUGAAAACAUGUGCUCAACCAUUUUUCUUAUUUCGUAUAUAAACUUAAAGGAAUGUUUCUUUCUCAAAAUUUAGAAUUCAUUGCCAUUUAUGAUUUCAGAGGCACUUAAGUCGGUGUCUUUUUUGUGAGUAGGAUCUGCAUCUGCUGGUAAAUAUUCUUAUUUCCCCUUUUCAGAAGCAUUAUUAAAAUAUUCCUAACAUUUAAGAUGCUUGUUGUUAGCAAUAGGUAGAUUAAUGGGAGAGCACAGACCAUGGUGAGAGAUUUUGCACUAAACAGUGGUACAAAUUUUUUUAGAAGGAGCCCCCAGUUAACUGUUAAUUGCUGACUGUAUAAUAUCAAAUAUUAGAAAAACAAAGGGAAAUAGGUUGUUUAAUGUUAGAGCAAAAUGUGUAAUUCACUGUAACUGGAAGUUAAACAAGUAUUUUUUGGAUAUAGAACUAUAAAAGUAUAUGCAUUUCACAUUAUACAUAAGUGUGGUGCUGUAUGAUUAUCUCCCCUGUGUUCAACAAGGCCAAUAUUUAUUUUCCCUUUUUCUGGACAUCUGGUCUUAGUCGAUGUCAAUGAAAUUUUGAUUAUUUAAAUGUAGAGGGUCUGAUCUUGCUACAAGUACCCAGUGAAAAAGAUUUUAAAGAAGUUGAAUUAUCAUAUCGUAUUUUAUACUGUUACUAAGAAUGCUUAUUUCUGACAACUUUCCAGAAGUGUGCAGAAUUGUGGUGGUUGUUGGUGACAAAUGUUUCAGGGUGGUGAUUUAAUUCUAUUUUUCUAUUAUAAAACAUGGCAAAAUGAGGCAGUCAGGUGUGUAAAUGUGGUAGCUACAUUUUAAAUAUUUUUGUAAAUGUUUGUUAAUUGUCUUAGGAUCUUACUUAGAACUUCUAACUAUAAUAAGUAGAAGAUUUAUAAAUAAUAUGGAGUGGAAUACAUACCAUUCCAUGUAAACAUGGGAUCAAUCUAUAUUUUGUUACUUACCCCAUGAACUAUUAGAAUUUACUGGGUGCCGUUGUAAAUGCUUUGGUGUUGAUCUAUGCACUUGUGAAAAGUGAAUUAUGAUAUUUUUUGUGUCAUUUUUCCAAAUUUAAUGUAUAAAAUCUGGCAAAUCAGUGAUACAUGUCCUUACUAGCUAACUGUCCUAAAGAACAUUUGCAGAAGUUGAAACUUACAGCUUUGUAGGACCACUGAAAACUGUGCACAGUAUACAUGAAAAUUGAGUCGACAAUAGAUUGGUUUCAUUUCUUAAAUGAAGUAGACCUACACAUGAUGUUUGUGAAGCAAAAUUUAACAAUAUGUAUAUUGUUUACUCAUUACUAAAUUGAAUUAAAUGACAUUUAUAAUAAACAUUAUUGUUUAAUGAUCAUGAAACAGAUAGGUAAACGAGGUGUUUGAAUUUACUGAAAAUUAUUUUGAGUGAUAUUUUUAUUCAUUGUAGUCUAAGAAACAAACUUGGUGUUUUUAGUAAUCUUCUUUACACAAAGGAAAGUGUUAAAGACAAUGUGGUGGAAGUGUUUGUGCAUACUGAGCGUAUCCAAAAUUUAAAGUGUGUAAUUGACUUCAGAAUGUUUGCUUUUCAAUUUGAUGUAAACAAGCAUGUUUUUGUCACAGUAAACAGAUGCGACAGCUGA